GUCCACAAAAUGUCAAUCAUGUUUUCUGACCCGCUCAUUUUGUGCCUAACAAAUGUCACACAAUUUCAGCUAGUGUAAUGUGCAUGGUUUCUUCUCAAACUUAGGCACUCCUCUCUCAUCCGUAUUCGAUUCUUCUCAUAAAAAAUGACUAUCUUGAGUAAUUUCCUUUUCAUUACUUUUUUCUACCUUGUGUGUUUGUUAACCAUAACAAAUGCUGAAGUGAUUGAUUCUCUCCCCGGGCAACCUUCAAAAAAUGUUUCUUUCAAGCAACAUUCGGGUUACAUCGUUACAGAUGAUGAUCAUGGCAGGGCUUUAUUUUACUAUUUUGCCGAAGCACAAUCGAAGAACAAACUUUCACUUCCUUUAACACUUUGGCUUGGCGGAGCUUUCGGGUGCACUUCCCUCGGAAUUGGUGUAUUCUUGGAACACGGUCCAUUUAGGCUCUCAAAGCAUGACAAAUUGAUAAAGAAUGAGUACUCUUGGAAUUUAGAAUCCAACAUGUUAUACGUAGACACUCCAAUCGGAGCUGGCUUUUCGUACUCAAAUACAAGUUCAGACUACGCCGUUUGGGACGAGCCCAAGUCAGCUAAUGACAAUAUGAAGUUUCUGCUUAAAUGGUUUGACAAAUUUCCUCAAUAUAGAAAACAAGAUUUUUACAUUGCUGGGGAUGCUUUUGGAGGUCAUUUAGCACCACAGCUAGCAGCUGUUAUACUUGAAUACAAUGCAAAUUCACAUGGGAAGCCACCUAUCAAGCUUAAGGGAAUUGCUCUUGGGAAUCCAGUUCUGGAUAUCAAGUACAGUUUAUCUUAUGUUGAAAAUCUGUGGUACCGGGGAGCAAUCUCAGAAGAAACGUUCCAUAUGCAAAAGACGCUUUGUAGCAUGGGAACCUAUUUUACUGAGCUGGCUCUUGGAAAUGUGACUAAACAAUGCAAUAAAAUGAUUGAAAUUUUGAACAACGAGGUUGGGGAUAUAAAUAUGGACAAUAUGUUGUCGCCACCUUGCCUCUCUACCGAAUAUGUUGGAAAUGAAGCUAGAGACACAAGUAUUACCGAUCCUUGCAUUGAUGAGAAGCUAGAUACGUACAUGAACAACCCACAAGUUCAAAGAGCUUUACAUGCCAAUUCCACCGGCUUGCCAUAUUCAUGGAACAUGUAUUGUGAAGGGGGUACCGAUUAUGAGCACUUAGAAAUGUUUGCUCAUGACGUCAUACCCACCGUGUCAGCACUUCUGAAGAGGCAUAUCCGAGUUAUGCUUUACAGUGGAGAUCAAGAUUUAAUGGUAGCUGUUACACAAACCAGGAAAAUUGCGAGCAAGCUUGCAAGAGACUUGAAGCUCAACACUUUGCACAACAAUCGGCCUUGGUAUAAUGGCAAGCAGAUUGGAGGGUGGAGCCAAACAUAUGGAAGAUUGAAGAAAGGUAAAGCAGUAAUACAAUUAACGUUUGCAACAGUAAAAGGUGGAGGAAAUUAUGUGCCAUAUUCAUCUCCCUCCGAGGCUCUUAUACUUUUCAAGGCAUUUCUUAAGGGAUCCCCACCACCAACCGGACCUAGCUAGCUAGCUAUCUUGUGAGUGGAUGCUACGAAAACAUGUGGUCAAUUUGUGGAAGUAAAUAAAUUAAGUAGGUUAUUAAUAGUUAAUUAGUAAUUAGUAUAUAUAGUACUUCCUAUAAACAUUUCGCAGCUAUGAAAAUCUAUCUGCAUGCAAUGGAACCAACGUAACGUCGACUAAUACGUUCGUACUAAUGCAUUGUUAGAAUUUUGAUGGAUUACAACAUGCAAAUUAUAAAGAAAUAAAGUUUAAUAUUAUUAGCACCAUUAAAUUUGA